AUGGACAAUCAAUUACCUUACCUCCCCUAUAUCAAGAUCAACCUCGUCCAGAACGUGGACUUCAUACAAUGCGUCGAGUCGUUGCACAUGCGCCUCCUCAUGCAGCUCGGACGGCAUGGCUACUUGCAGUUACACCACAGCUUACAACGACCCGCGAGCUCUAUGCAACUUGUGCGAGAACAACGCCACGGAGAGAUAGUAUUCCGCCUUGACCCCCGCAGUGCUCCCGCUGCUGGAGAUCUAUCAAGCAGGAAACGCAAGUCGUCGCCCGAUGUCAUUGGCCCGCGCCACAGUAUGCCAUAUGAACGCCACCGUGCGCGACGUCGCAAGCUCCUGUCUGAUGAUUGUCCUCCUCCUGACCCACGCCGUCGCGCGUCCCGUCGCGCAAAGCCAGUGCCCGUUGCCGUUGCCGAAAGGAAGGCGUUCCUACGAAGAUGGACACGGGGUAUUGCGCCGGUGCUCUACGUGCAGCCAAGCAUGGAGACGUGGACGACCAUGCCAGAAGCGCCCGUUGCAUUCCAAUCGAACGUCGCGCUCGGACCCAAUAUCAAUGAAGAAAUGUCCAACGACCUCGAACGGCGGUCGCACAUUGCAGCUAGCACGACUUUAACAAAUCAUCCGCAGCCCACUACUGACCACAUUCAACUCGUCGCAGCUCACCAGGUGGUCAUAAGCCAUUCCUCGCCACGCCAUACAGUUACUUUGAGUGAACCCAAUGCCGUACCAACUGCCCCCGAAGCUGGAGUACCGGCCGUAUCAAAGACAGCCAACGCCGCGGACAGCUGGAAUGCAAACUCGGGAGGGAAUGUGAAGGCAGUCGAGAAUCCGCGUGCCGCAGAGCGGGUUGACGGCCGGGGCACUUCAGCAGGGCUCGCCAACCAACGGGUUGGUCGCGGCGAAAGACCACAAAGCACCACGAGCGGGAAGGGCGCCGUCAGAAGGUCUAUCAUGCCAGAACUGAUUGCGCCGAGGCCAAGCUAUCUCUCGCAUGAUAUAGCCUCUCUCCAAGAGGAAAGGAAAGAGCGAGCCUUGGCACGACGCGCGCGCAUGGAGAGCCUAUCAACGCAUGAGCCUUACCAGCGCGCGGAUGCCAUGAGACGUCGUGCAAAAAUGCAAUCGACCCGGACCGUGAAUGCAGAAACGGCUUUAGGCCCGCGGACAGAUUUCUUCCGCCCACCCCUGCGCGACAAGGGUGUAGAAGGAGGUGUUACGAAGAAGAAGGCACCCAGGCCUAUCCUUAAGAAGGAAGCAGGCAAAGCCAGCAAGGACCACGCGAAGAUACCCAGACCACGCGUCCGGUGGAGUGAUGAGUUCGAGACGAGCUCCGACCCGGGCCCCUCUAACAGCUCAAGCCGAGCUAAUGCGUCAGAUGGGCGCGAGCAGCCCGGACGGUUGCCAGAGCCAUGCACUCCCAGCCCUGUCGUGACCUUGCUGAGGAUUCAUGGUCGGAUUUUGCCUGUCGGAAUCCACCUCAUGCGAGCAGCACCAUAA